AUGUCACAACUUUGCACAAACCGGCCAGAAGGCAUUAACGCAGUCUCGGGCAUUUCGAGGCCUCUGCCGACGCAAUGCUUCUUCGACACCAUCCUGAUGCCACUACCUACAUGGCUACUCAUAACGGCACUGCUGCUGCUGGCCAUCGUCUUUCCCGCAACCGAGCAGACGGGCCGUCCAAGAGCCGGCAACCCGAGGCAGUUGGUGCGGCGCGGGACACUAGGCGUCUACUACUUCUUCGCCGUCGCCGCCGUGGGCAUGCAGCUGCUCGAGGUGGGCCGCUUGGUCGCCGCAAACCUGGGCGUCGCACUGCUGCCUUUCGCCACGGUGGGCACGCUCCUGGUUGUCACCGUCCGCGGCCUGAGCGAUCAGACCCUACCUCUGCAGCGGAGCGCCGCCAUGGCUACUUCAGUAGUGUUUUGGACGCUGGGGAUGUGUAUGGCGGCCGUCAAGGUGGCGGCGCUGACGCGGUUCAUGGGCGAUCCCGAGGAGGACGGGGUCAGCCCCCAGGCCCGGCAGUCCACGGCGUACCCGGUCGUGGACCAGAUCAUCGACAAUGCCGUCCUCGUGGGCCUCUACGCCCUCCUGGCGGCACUGGAGCCCGUCAUGUACUUUGUGCUGCUGCCCGUGGUUGGGAUCGGCGGCAAGGGCGGAAAGGGUGUGAGUGGGGCGCACAUUGAGCUCGCGGACAAGUGA